AUGAGCAGGCAGCAGGGCAAGCCCAACCACUUCCAGAUGCUCCAGUGUGGUGCUGAGCCACUGGAGGUGGUGCAUGGACAAACCAGAUGUUUGAUCAGCCAGGUGGAGGUCAAAGGCUUCAUUGAGAGGUGCAUGACAGCAGUCGGUGCCAAGCAGCAUCAUGCUCGCAGUCUAGCUGAAGUGUUGGUGGAAGGAGACCACAGGGGCCACUACAGCCAUGGACUCAACAGGAUGGACAUGUAUGUGAAGGACAUUCAAACUGGCAUCUGUGCCAAGGACGGUGAGCCAGUGGUAGAAAAGGAGAGUGCAGCGACGGCACUGGUGGAUGGGAGGAAUCUCUUAGGCCCAGUGGUGGGAAACUUUUGUAUGAAUCUGGCCAUAAAAAAGGCCAAAGACGUUGGCAUUGGCUGGGUGGUGGCACACAACUCCAACCAUUAUGGCAUUGCUGGAUACUAUGCAAUGCAGGCACUGAAGGAAAACAUGAUUGGGAUGUCAUUUACCAACACAUCACCACUGGUGGUUCCCACACGUGCUAAAGAGUGUACUUUGGGCACCAACCCCAUCAGUGUUGCGGCUCCUGCUAAAGAUGGAGACAGCUUUGUUUUAGACAUGGCCACUUCAGCAGUAGCCCUUGGAAAGGUGGAGCUUCAUGAGCGGCGUGGAGACCCCAUUCCUGAGGGCUGGGGUUGUGACCCUCUGGGAAAAAUUACAACAGACCCCAAGAGAGUGCUGACUGGAGGAGGACUGGUGCCUGUUGGUGGCAGUGAAGCCACAGGAGGGUACAAAGGCUAUGGUCUGGGAAUGAUGGUGGAGGUGUUCUGUGGCAUCUUGGCUGGUGCCCAGUACAGCAAAUACAUCCGCACUUGGAAAGUAACAGACCGUGUUGCAAACCUGGGUCAGUGUUUUGUGGCAAUCAAUCCAGAGAACUUUGCUCCCGGGUUCAGUGACAGGAUGUCAGAUCUGCUGUCCAUCCAUAGAAACCUGGAUCCUGCUGACCUAGACACUCCUGUUUUGGCUGCCGGAGAUCCAGAGAGGAUGAACAUGAAGAAAUGUGAGGAUAUGGGUGGGAUCCCUUACCACAUCAACGUCGUCAAAUACAUGAAUGAAUGCGCCAAGAAAAUUGGUGUCAACCCACUGUUGCCAUGUGACAAGAUCGUCUCGGGUUAA